UUCAAAAUUCGAACUCAACCUCCACUUCCCACUACCCUCCGCACCUGGCCUCCUUGCUGCUUUCUUUCUUUCUUUCUUUUUUCCUUAUGUAGUUUUUUCAUUUUCUUGAGAGAGAGAGAGAGAGAGAGAUAUAGGGUUUCAACUCAUUAAUGGAGGUAAAGAUCAAUACAGAGAUCAGGAAGUAGCUAUAGCUUCUAGGAUUCCGAAGAAAAGGAAGCUUCCUUUUGAUUAAAAGGGUGUCGAGGGGCUAAAAAUCAUGAGCACGGCAAGAUUCAUCAAGUGUGUCACAGUUGGUGAUGGAGCUGUUGGAAAGACAUGCAUGCUCAUAUCUUAUACAAGCAAUACCUUUCCCACAGACUAUGUGCCUACCGUAUUCGAUAACUUUAGUGCUAAUGUGGUGGUUGAUGGCAGCACAGUUAACCUUGGACUAUGGGAUACUGCCGGACAGGAGGAUUAUAACAGGCUGAGGCCUUUGAGUUACAGGGGUGCAGAUGUUUUCUUGCUAGCCUUCUCACUCAUCAGCAAAGCCAGCUAUGAAAAUAUAUCUAAGAAGUGGAUUCCUGAGCUGAGGCAUUAUGCCCCAACUGUGCCGGUAGUCCUUGUUGGAACCAAACUUGAUCUAAGGGAAGACAAGCAGUAUUUGAUUGAGCAUCCUGGGGCUGCAUCAAUCUCAACUGCUCAGGGUGAAGAGCUCAAGAAGGCAAUCGGCGCUGCUGUUUACAUAGAGUGCAGCUCCAAGACUCAGCAAAAUGUUAAGGCUGUGUUUGAUGCUGCAAUCAAGGUUGUUUUGCAGCCCCCAAAACCGAAGAAAAAGCGACGGAUCAAGCCAAGGCCAUGCACACUCCUCUAAAUCUAAUUCAUGUUAUUUUCUUCCUUGUAACAGCUAGCCACAACCCAACCCUCAGUCCCGGUCUUCAUUCCUCUCCUGUAUGAUGUUUCCGACUUACUUUUUUUCUUUUUUCUUUUAUUUUUCAAUGCAUUGUGCUUCUAUCGAGUAAUUAUUGCGUAGUCUCAGAAUAUGGAUACGCCGUCCUCACAAUCUUUCAUAGCUCAGAUGCCAAUGACAAUUAUAAGAAUUAAUGUUUACACAAACAAUUAAUUUAACAUCAUGGCAUGUUGUGAGCGUCGUUUUGUACUUCAAGACUAUCUAAAUAUAAUUACUCCUCCUCCAUGUAAUGCUUCAUAUCAGUGAAUAUUAUUUGUAAGAUA